AUGUCCGUUAAAGAAUCCAAAAGAUGUUUGGAUAAGGUGGUCAAUCUUUACGAGAUGUCAAAAAUUAGAAGACAUAAUUCGUAUAUAAAAUCCAUGAAUCCAAAUCUAGUCAAGAGAGAAUUAAUGAAUCAUCAAAUGACAAUUAAAGAAUAUCAUAGAGAUCUUUCUAAUCAUUUAUAUGUUUUAGAAAAAUUUAACAGAUCGACUCAAAAUAAUGCUAAAAAUUUAUCUUGUUUUAAAUCACAACCAUAUAUUAAUUCUGAUAUGAGAUAUUUAAUUUUUGAAUUUUUAAUGUGUUGUCAUUCAAGAUUAUCACUUACAACAUCAACUUUAUUUCAAACCUUUAAUUUAGUUGAUAGAUAUACUUCAAAAUUCAUAUUAAAAAAUACAAAUUAUCAAUUAAUUGCUUUAACUUGUCUUUGGAUAAGUGCAAAAUUUUUUGAUGUUAAGAAAAAUAUUCCAAGUACAAAAAUUCUAGAAAAUCUUUGUUGCAUGCAAUAUACUUCUAAACAAUUUAUUUCAACUGAAUUUCAAAUUUUACAAUCAUUAAAUUGGUCUAUUAAUUCAAGUCCAACAGCAGAUUCAUUUAUUGAUAUGAUUCUUUUUGAAAAGACUUUAAAUUUAAUGGAUAAAACAUUAAACAUUAACGAAAUUAAAAUCCUUGCAAUUAUGCUCUGUGAAUUAUGCGAAUUCAAGCCUGAAAUUGCAUACCAGAUGUCUGCAUCUUAUUUAGCUAAGGACGCUACUACUAUUGCAUUAAUGAUUGAACAAUUUGCUCAAAAUGGGAAAUGGUUCAAAAUUUCAAAAGAACAAGAAUCUUUAUUGGAUAUCGUCUUUGCUGGGAAUGAAAUCAUUCCAGCAAGCUUUAAAUUAAAAUAUGAUGAUGGUAAAUUGUCUAAAUUCAUUACAUUUAUCAAAAGAUUCAAAGAAGAAAAAAUCAUGAACGAUUACAUUGCAUCUAUCAUUGAAAAUGGCGAUAAGCAACAAUCUACAAGUGGCACUUCGAAGGCAGUGUCAUCAUCAUCUUCAUCUACACAAUAUAACCAAUCUGUUGCUACAAGUAUUACUCCUGAUAUGAAACCAAAGAGGAGAAAUGCUACACACAGAGAUGUCAUCAUGCCUCUAACACCAACUACUCCAAUUUAUUUGAAGAAACGGUAUCACGAGGAAGUCUCAGAUGGUACACAUACUAAUGAAUUCAAACGAGUUUGUAAAUAA